UUAUACAUGAUGGAUACCAUUAAUAACACAAUCAGACUUAGAGACGCAGUCGAAGCGGAUAUACCUCAAAUCAGAGAGAUAUAUUGUCAUUAUGUUCGCACUUCAGUGGCAACAUUCGAGGAGGAUGAACCAUCUUGUGAGGAGAUGAAGCGUAGAUGGUCAGAUAUCACUCGUGAAAAGAUGCCGUACUUUGUGGCCGAAGAGUUGACCGAGGCAACAAACACAUAUACAAUCGUCGGCUACAGCUACGCAACACUCUAUCGCACGAGAUCAGCCUACAGAUACACAUUGGAGGACUCUAUCUAUUUGCAUCCGGCACACUGUGGCAAAGGAUUGGGUACAGUGCUUUUGGAUCAUCUGAUCAAAGAGUCCACACGACUUGGAUUCAGACAGAUGAUCGCUGUCAUCGGUGGCAGUGACAACCAUGGUUCAAUCAAACUACACGAGAAGAUGGGCUUUGGUGCCAAACACAUCCUGGAUUGCGUUGGACUCAAGUUUGGUCGAUGGGUAGAUGUCGUCACACUUCAAUUAGCAUUGGGUGAUGGUUCA